AUGGCUGCCCGGAUCGGACUGCUAGGGAGAUCACUGCAGAGGCUUAACAGCUCCGCCAGACUUACCUCCAGAGCCCCGGCCUGUGCUGCCCUGCGAUGCCAGCACACUCAGACCAGCCACAAUGAGGAGAAUCUGCGACCAGAGACAUCCCAGACCAGGUCCUUAAUGGAUAUUGGCACCAGACGUGUCUUCACUGCUGAUCAUGACAUUUUCAGAGAGAGCGUUAGAAGAUUUUUCCAACAGGAGGUGGCGCCCUACCAUGCUGAGUGGGAGAAAGCUGGACAAGUGAGUCGGGAAUUGUGGGAGAAGGCUGGCCAGCAGGGUCUCCUUGGUGUUGCUAUUCCAGAAGAGCAUGGUGGUGUUGGUGGUGAUAUCCUGUCAUCUGCUGUUGUGUGGGAAGAACAGAUGUAUGUGAAUUGUACAGGACCUGGCUUCAGUCUCCACUCCGAUAUCGUCAUGCCGUAUAUCUCCCGGUAUGGCAGCAAGAGCCAGAUACAGAAAUAUAUUACACAGAUGGCGGCUGGUAAAUGUAUAGGUGCCAUUGCAAUGACAGAGCCAGGAGCAGGAAGUGAUCUGCAGGGUGUGCGGACUAAUGCUAAGAAAGAUGGAAGUGAUUGGAUUUUGAAAGGCAGCAAGGUUUUUAUCACAAAUGGAUGGAUGACCGAUGUAGUAAUUGUUGUUGCUAACACAAACCGUGAGGCUCGUACCCCUGCUCAUGGCAUCAGCCUCUUCCUUGUGGACGCUGGCACUAAAGGCUUUGAUAAAGGAAAGAAACUAGAAAAAAUUGGUUUGAAGGCACAGGACACAGCAGAAUUGCACUUUGACGAUGUCAGGCUUCCCGCUGAUGCCUUAUUGGGAGAAGAAAAUAAAGGUUUCUACUACUUAAUGGCAGAGCUUCCCCAGGAGCGGUUAUUGAUUGCAGAUAUGGCUAUUGCUAGCUGUGAGUUCAUGUUUGAGGAAACACGGAACUAUGUCAGGCAAAGGAAGGCAUUUGGAAAGACUGUGGCACACUUACAGACUGUGCAGCACAAGCUGGCGGAGAUGAAAACGCAGAUCUGUGUGGGUCGCACCUUCUUAGACAGCUGUCUCCAGCUUCAUACGGAAAAACGCCUGGACUCUGCCACUGCUUCCAUGGCAAAAUACUGGGCAUCUGACCUCCAAAACAGCAUAGCCAAUCAAGGUGUUCAGCUCCAUGGAGGCUGGGGCUACAUGUGGGAAUACCCCAUUGCAAAAGCCUAUGUGGAUUCUCGAGUACAGCCAAUCUACGGUGGCACCAAUGAGAUUAUGAAGGAACUUAUUGCAAGAGAUAUUGUAAAGGACAAAUGA